CGAUUUUCACAGCCCGCUCUGUUCAGUUUCUCAACCACCCUCCGAACUCGACGUUGCAGUCUCCGCCCAAUUCGCGGUUAAAUCGAUUGUUUCUCCUGUUCUAGACGAAAAACAAAAAGUCUAUCAAAAUGAAGUACCUCGCCGCUUACCUCCUCCUGUCCCUGGCUGGCAACGAGUCUCCCUCUGCCGCCGACAUCAAGGGUGUCCUCUCCUCCGUCGGUAUCGAUGCCGACUCCGAGCGCCUCGACAAGCUCAUCUCUGAGCUCAAGGGCAAGAACCUCCAGGAGUUGAUCGCUGAGGGUUCCACCAAGCUCGCCUCCGUUCCCUCCGGUGGUGCUGGCGGUGCUGCCGCCCCUGCCGCCGCUGCCGGUGGUGCUGCUGACGCUCCCGCCGCUGAGGAGAAGGAGGAGGAGAAGGAGGAGUCCGAUGAGGACAUGGGCUUCGGUCUUUUCGACUAAAUGCCUUGCUCUCUGGAACCUCAAAAAUGACGACUUGGGGGGACAGACAUCUGGAUGGUGCUUCCAGUUCGGGAGGUGUCUUCGCCGACUGGGGUUUCAAAUGUGCAUUGUUCAGACUGUUCUAAUGCAGUUACGGAUUCUUCAUAUGUGAGCUUGAAAGAGCUCUUAGCCAAUACAGAUUCAUCUGUCCUCCA